CUCUUUCACCGGGGAGCCAAGCAGCGCCCCCUCCCUUCUCCUCCAUCCAUCCAUCCAUCCAAUGAAGAAGAGUUUGAUCUUGGAGUGAAGGAAGCCAGAGGAGAAGAGAGGCUUUGUGUGUGUGUGUAUUGGUGUGGCUUGUUGUGUGUGAAGGGGCGGCGCUUUAUAUUUUCACCCUGGCGUGGUGGCGCUUGCCCUCUUUUUGUUUUAUUGAGGACAAUUUUUUUUAAGAAAUUAAAAAAAAUAAAAUCCAAGGAAAAAUGGCGAACGACUCUCCUGCAAAAAGUCUGGGGGACAUCGACCUUUCCUCUUUGCGGGAUCCUGCUGGGAUUUUUGAGCUGGUGGAAGUGGUUGGAAAUGGCACAUAUGGGCAAGUUUAUAAGGGUCGACAUGUCAAGACAGGUCAACUGGCAGCUAUCAAAGUCAUGGAUGUUACUGAGGAUGAAGAAGAAGAAAUCAAACUGGAAAUAAACAUGCUGAAGAAAUAUUCCCAUCAUAGAAAUAUUGCAACUUACUAUGGUGCUUUUAUUAAGAAAAGUCCUCCAGGACAUGAUGACCAACUGUGGCUUGUUAUGGAGUUCUGUGGUGCAGGCUCUAUUACAGACCUUGUGAAGAAUACAAAAGGAAAUACUUUGAAGGAGGACUGGAUAGCAUACAUCUCCCGAGAGAUCCUUAGGGGAUUGGCCCAUCUUCAUGCCCAUCAUGUGAUUCAUCGGGAUAUCAAAGGGCAGAAUGUAUUGUUAACAGAAAAUGCAGAGGUGAAGCUGGUGGAUUUUGGUGUUAGUGCUCAGCUGGAUAGGACAGUUGGUAGAAGAAAUACUUUUAUUGGAACGCCUUAUUGGAUGGCCCCAGAAGUUAUUGCCUGUGAUGAAAAUCCAGAUGCUACAUAUGACUACAGAAGUGACCUUUGGUCAUGCGGCAUUACAGCCAUAGAGAUGGCAGAAGGCGCUCCCCCUCUCUGUGACAUGCAUCCAAUGAGAGCCCUAUUCCUUAUUCCCAGAAACCCUCCUCCACGGCUAAAAUCCAAGAAAUGGUCAAAAAAGUUCUUUAGUUUUAUAGAGGGCUGUUUAGUGAAGAACUAUAUGCAACGACCUUCUACAGAGCAGCUUUUAAAACAUCCAUUUAUACGUGAUCAGCCAAAUGAAAGGCAAGUCCGAAUCCAGCUUAAAGAUCAUAUAGACAGAACCAGGAAGAAGAGAGGAGAGAAGGAUGAAACUGAAUAUGAAUAUAGUGGAAGUGAAGAAGAGGAGGAGGAAGUGCCUGAACAAGAAGGAGAGCCAAGUUCUAUUGUUAAUGUGCCUGGAGAAUCUACCCUCAGACGUGAUUUCCUGAGAUUGCAGCAGGAAAACAAGGAACGUUCUGAGGCUCUUCGGAGACAACAGCUGCUACAGGAACAGCAGCUACGAGAGCAAGAGGAAUACAAGAGGCAGCUGCUGGCAGAGAGACAGAAACGCAUUGAACAGCAGAAAGAGCAAAGGAGGAGGCUGGAAGAGCAACAGAGAAGAGAACGAGAAGCUCGGAGACAGCAAGAGCGAGAACAAAGGAGGAGAGAACAGGAAGAAAAGAAGCGAUUGGAGGAAAUGGAAAAGAGACGAAAGGAAGAAGAAGAGAGGAGGAGGGCAGAGGAAGAAAAGAGGAGAGUGGAGAGAGAGCAGGAGUAUAUCAGGCGACAGCUAGAAGAGGAGCAGCGGCACUUGGAAAUUCUUCAGCAGCAGCUGCUCCAGGAGCAGGCCAUGUUACUGGAAUACAGAUGGCGAGAGAUGGAAGAACAUCGGCAAGCGGAGAGGCUCCAGCGCCAAUUGCAACAGGAGCAGGCGUAUCUUCUGUCACUCCAGCAUGACCACAGGCGGCAGCAGCAACAGCAGCAGCAGCAGCAACAGCAGGAAAGGAAUAAACAGAAUUAUCAUACUCCUGAGCCUAAACCCCAUUAUGAGCCUACUGAAAGACCCCGGGAGGUUGAUGAUAGAUAUAGAAAGAAUAAUCAAAGCUCCCCUGAAGCACAGUCUAAACAGACAAGCAAAGUGUUGGAGCCACCAGUGCCUUCAAGAUCAGAGUCCUUUUCAAAUGGAAAUUCCGAGCCUGUUCAGCCUUCGUUGCAAAAGCCAAUGGAACCACAGGUACAGUGGUCCCAUCUGGCAUCUCUCAAGAACAAUGUUUCCCCUGUCUCGCGGUCCCAUUCCUUCAGUGACCCUUCUCCCAAAUUUGCACAUCACCACCUGCGCUCUCAGGACCCAUAUCCACCUUCACGCAGUGAAGUGCUAAGUCAGAGUUCUGACUCUAAGUCUGAGGUACCUGACCCCACCCAAAAGGCUUGGGCUAGAUCAGACAGUGACGAGGUGCCUCCAAGGGUACCUGUGAGAACAACAUCAAGAUCACCUGUGUUAUCUCGCAGAGAUUCUCCGCUGCAGAAUAGUGGACAGCAAAAUAACCAAGCAGGUCAAAGGAACUCCACAAGCAAUAUAGAGCCCCGUCUGCUCUGGGAAAGAGUGGAGAAGCUGGUGCCAAGACCCGGAAGUGGAAGCUCCUCUGGUUCAAGCAAUUCCAGUUCACAACCUGGGUCACACCCUGGAUCCCAGAGUGGAUCUGGAGAGAGAUUCCGGAUGAGAUCAUCGUCAAAAUCCGAAGGCUCACCAUCACAACGUAAUGAAACUGCAACCAAAAAGACUGAAGAAAAGAAGGAAGCCUUCAGACCUAGCAAACCCGUGGGAGAAGUGGAUUUAACUGCUUUGGCAAAGGAAUUGCGGGCAGUGGAGGAUGUACGACCUCCCCAUAAAGUGACAGAUUAUUCAUCAUCCAGUGAAGAGUCAGGAACAACAGAUGAAGAUGAGGAUGACAUAGAGCAAGAAGGAGUUGAUGAAUCUACUUCUGGACCAGAAGACGCUAGAGCAGUAUCCACCCUCAACCUCAGCAAUGGGGAAACGGAGUCCGUGAAAACUAUGAUUGUACAUGACGAUGUGGAGAGUGAACCCGCCAUGACUCCUUCGAAGGAGGGCACUUUAAUCGUCCGACAGAGUACAGUUGACACAAAGCGUGCCAGCCAUCAUGAGAGCAAUGGCUUUGCGGGUCGCAUUCACCUCUUGCCAGAUCUCUUACAGCAAAGCCAUUCCUCCUCCACUUCCUCCACCUCCUCCUCCCCAUCCUCCAGCCAGCCGACACCCACCAUGUCCCCACAGACACCCCAGGACAAGCUAACUACUAAUGAGACUCAGUCCGCUAGUAACACACUGCAGAAACACAAAUCUUCCUCCUCCUUUACACCUUUUAUAGACCCCAGAUUACUACAGAUAUCUCCAUCUAGUGGAACAACUGUGACUUCUGUUGUAGGAUUCUCUAGUGAAGCAAUGAGAUCAGAGGCAAUAAGGCAGGAUCCAACCAGGAAAGGAUCAGUUGUUAAUGUGAAUCCUACGAAUACACGGCCACAGAGUGACACUCCGGAGAUCCGCAAAUACAAGAAGAGAUUCAAUUCUGAGAUCUUAUGUGCUGCAUUAUGGGGGGUUAAUUUGUUAGUGGGGACAGAGAGUGGCCUGAUGCUGCUGGACAGGAGUGGCCAAGGGAAGGUGUAUCCAUUAAUAAACCGAAGAAGGUUCCAGCAGAUGGAUGUACUUGAAGGUCUGAAUGUCUUGGUGACAAUAUCGGGUAAGAAAAACAAAUUGAGAGUUUAUUACCUGUCAUGGUUAAGAAACAAAAUCCUUCACAAUGACCCUGAGGUAGAAAAGAAACAAGGCUGGACAACUGUAGGUGACUUGGAAGGUUGUGUACACUAUAAAGUUGUAAAAUAUGAAAGAAUCAAAUUCUUAGUAAUUGCUUUGAAGAGUUCUGUGGAAGUUUAUGCCUGGGCACCAAAACCAUACCACAAAUUUAUGGCAUUUAAGUCGUUUGGAGACUUGGUACAUAAGCCAUUAUUAGUGGAUCUUACUGUAGAAGAAGGCCAGAGACUGAAGGUGAUCUACGGCUCCUGUGCUGGAUUUCAUGCCGUUGACGUGGACUCGGGAUCAGUGUAUGAUAUUUACCUCCCAACGCAUAUCCAGAGUAGCAUCCAGCCCCAUGCAAUCAUCAUUCUACCAAACACAGAUGGGAUGGAGCUGCUUGUUUGCUAUGAGGAUGAAGGAGUAUAUGUUAAUACAUAUGGAAGGAUCACCAAAGAUGUGGUUUUGCAGUGGGGAGAAAUGCCUACAUCAGUGGCAUAUAUUCGAUCCAAUCAAAUAAUGGGCUGGGGCGAAAAGGCUAUUGAGAUACGAUCAGUGGAAACAGGACACUUGGAUGGUGUAUUUAUGCACAAAAGGGCACAAAGACUCAAGUUUCUAUGUGAACGUAAUGACAAGGUUUUCUUUGCUUCUGUACGGUCUGGAGGAAGCAGCCAAGUUUAUUUCAUGACCUUAGGCAGGACUUCUCUUCUGAGUUGGUAAAAGUGAUAUAGUUUGGCAAGGGUUGGCUGUCGUCUGGAGUCCUCGUAACUUGGAAUCAUUUGAAACUGGAGUACAGACCUGCCGUGAUGCAGUACUACAUGCCGUUGCGUGUGCAGCCAUCACUGGUGUUGGGUUCUUUUUGUUUUUAAACUGAGGCUGCGAUAUGCAGCUGGUGCUGUAAAGAUAUUGCCAUCAGGUGCUAUCUGAUUUGGGAUCCCAGUAGAGAAAGAAUCAGGUCUCUCUCCUUUUCCACCUCCCCGUCCUCCUUCCCCAGCUCCAGAUUUCCUAGUGAAAAAAGGAAGAGACUGAUCAGAAACAUAUUUUUGAAAGGAGGCAGGUAUAAGAAGGUGGCAGGAGGGCGACGUAGGUGGAGCCAGUGUUGCUGAAGCCGAGGGCAAAUCUAAUAUAGUAAUAUUAACGAUGUAUUUAAUUGACAUUUCUUUUUUCUUCUCUUUUCUUUCUUUCUUUUUUUUUGGUAAUGUGACAAUAUGUGGGCAAAGAGGAAGAUGCAGGUUUAAAAGUUAAUAUUUAUAAAAUGUGAAAGGCACAGUAGUUUAAGGGAGGUGUGGGGGGACUUUUUAAUUUUGGCCUGGCCAAGAGUUUAGUCAUUUUUUUACCUGUAUACCAAGUUUUGCCUAAAAAACCAUAUGUGGAUGGUUUUGUUUGUUUUUAAAAACAACAACAACAACAACGAAACAAACAAUUGUUCAUUUCGCUAUAAUGAUUCUUCAUUAGGCCAGAACUUGGUGAUGUCAGUGUUAGCACUGCUUCAGUUAAAGGUUUAAUUUUUGUUUAAACCUAAAAUGUGCAACAACUCUUACUACCAAUCUGCUUCAUGCAGCCUUUGGGGGAAAGAAAAUUCCACGCGUGUUUUGUUUUUGUGCCUACCUCAUUGUUUCUAAUGCAUACAAUAAAAGAGGUGGUUUAGGGUUAUGCUUUUUUCUCUUUUCUUUUUUUUAGGAGAACAAAUGUCAAAUUAAUCACAAUACCAAAACUUGCAAAAUAAAGGUGUGACUGUUAAUUUUGUAUCAGGUUUCAGCAAGAGAGACCAGCAGUCAUUUGAGAUGGUUGAAUUAGAUUUGUGGCAGUGACACAGUGACUUAGAUAGUCCAAUUUUUAAAGUUUUGAAAGCAAGCUUUUCACUUUAUUUUUUACCAAUUCCAUCAUGAAUGGAGAUUAAAGGAAUUUAGUCUAAAAUUCAGAAAGUUUUACUCUUAACAUUGGGGGGGGGGGCUUCGUAACAGGCAAAUAACAAAGAACUAGGCUAAUUCUAUAACUUGUUAAAUGUUGUAGGAAACUUUUGGGGAAGUGAUGUUUUCCUUUUCUAAGAAUGCAAUGCACUAAAACUAUUUUAAGAAUGUAGUUAAUACUGCUUAUUCAUUUUUUUAAAAGCAGCUUUUACUUGUUUUUCAAUGUAAAAACCCAAACUUUUGGCUCUCUUUUUCUCCCCCCCCCCCCUUCCCGGCCCCACCUUUCUAAAGGAAAAAAAACC